CCAAGAGGGAGUCAAAGGUCACAGAUCCAUCCAUGGAAACACCUGGAGUUCCUGGUGAUCUUCUUGCAACAUUUUCUAUGGAAGUGAAAGAUAUCCUGGAAAAGAAAUAUAAAUGCAUAUGCGAGGGUCUGGCUGAGCAAGGAAACCAUAUCUUUCUGAAUAAGAUCUACACAGAGCUCUACAUCACAGAGGGUGGAAGUGGAUGGGUCAAUAAUGAACAUGAGGUGAGACAGAUUGAGAUGAUAUCCAACAAACCCAUCACACAAGAGACUCCAAUCAAAUGCAAUGACAUCUUCAAAACUCUACCUGGACAAGACAAACUUAUCAGAACUGUCAUGACAAAGGGAGUUGCUGGCAUUGGAAAAACUGUCUCUGUGCAGAAGUUCAUUCUUGACUGGGCAGAAGAAAAAGCCAAUCAGGAUGUUCAUUUCAUAUUUCCUCUACCUUUCCGAGAGCUGAAUUUGAUGAAGAAUGACAAAUGCACUUUAAUGCAGCUGCUUCACCCCUUUUUACCGGGAAUCAAAGAGUCUGGAUCCUUUAAAAUUGAGCGUAAGAAGGUUGUGUUCAUCUUUGAUGGUCUGGAUGAGUGUCGAUUUCCCUUAGAUUUCAAAAAUAAUGAGAGCUGGUAUGAUGUCACAGAGCCAACAUCAGUGGACGUGCUGCUGACAAACCUCAUUAAGGGGAAUCUGCUUUCCUCUGCUCUCCUCUGGAUCACCACCCGACCAGCAGCAGCCAAUAAGAUCCCUCCUGAAUUUGUCCACCAGGUGACAGAGAUACGAGGGUUUAAUAAUCCACAGAAGGAGGAGUACUUCAGGAAGAGAUUCAGAGAUCGCAAUCUGGCCAGCAGAAUUAUCACACACAUAAAGUCAUCAAGGAGCCUCUACAUCAUGUGUCACAUACCAGUCUUCUGUUGGAUUGCAGCCACUGUUCUUCAGCAAAUGAUGGGUAAGUCAGACAGUGGAGAAAUCCCUAGGACUCUGACUCAAAUGUACACAAAUUUCCUGCUCAUUCAGGCAAAUGUGAAAAAUCAAAAGUACCUGGGAAACAGUGAGACAAAUUCACUUAAUAAAACCAUUCUGAAACUGGGGAAGCUGGCAUUUCAACAGCUGCAAAAGGGAAAUCUGAUUUUCUAUGAGGAAGACCUGAGAGACAGUGGCAUUGAUGUCACUGAGGCUUCUGUUUACUCUGGGGUGUGUACCGAGAUCUUUAGACAAGAGCCUGGGAUCCAAAAACAGAAAGUGUACUCCUUUGUGCAUCUGAGCAUUCAGGAGUAUCUCGCUGCUUUGCAUGUACUGCUGUCAUACAGAAACAAAAACAAAAAUGUACUUGACCACACCUUCAGUCGUGGUUUUUUUAGAUUCAACCCAUAUUCCAAACUUUCUGUGUUGCUCAAGACAGCAGUAGAUCAGGCCUUACAGAGUGUGAAUGGACACCUGGACCUUUUCCUGCGCUUCCUUCUUGGCCUCUCACUGGACUCCAAUCAGACUCUCUUACGAGGCCUACUGACACAGACAGGAAGCAGCUCACGGAACAUUGAGAAAACCGUUCAGCACAUUAAAAAGAAGAUCAGGGGUAAUCUCUCUCCAGAGAGGUCCAUCAAUCUGUUCCACUGUCUGAAUGAACUGAAUGAACAUUCUUUGGUAGAAGAAAUCCAAAGUUACCUGAGCUCAGGAGGUCUUUCAAGAGAGAACCUCUCACCUGCACAGUGGUCAGCUCUGGUCUUUGUGUUGCUAACAUCAAAAGAGGAGCUGGAUGUGUUUGACUUGAAGAAAUACAUCAGAUCAGAUGAAGGUCUUCUGAGACUGCUGCCAGUGAUCAACACCUCUAGAACUGCCUUGCUGAAUAGGUGUAACCUCACUAAGGAAUGCUGUGAAGCGCUGGCCUCAGCUAUCAGCUCUAACUCCUCCAGUCUGAGAGAGCUGGACCUGAGUGACAAUGACCUGCAGGAUUCAGGAGUGGAGCUGCUCUCUGCUGGACUGGGGAAUCCACACUGUAAACUGGAGACACUGAGGCUGUCACUGUGUGGAGUCACAGAGAGAGGUUGUGUUUCUCUGGCUUCAGCUCUGCGUUCAAACCCCACAAAUCUGGAAGAGCUGGAUCUGAGCUACAAUCACCCAGGAAACUCAGGGAUGAGAGCGCUCUCUGCUGGACUGGAGGACCACAAAUGUAAACUUCUGAAACUGAAUGUGGACCAUGGCGGAGAGUUCAGGAUCAAACCAGGCCCAAGGAAAUAUGCCUGUCAGCUCACACUGGACCCCAACACAGCGUACAAAAAAUUGUAUUUGUCUGUGGGGAACAGAAAGGUGACAUGGAUGAAAAAGGAGCAGCCAUAUCCUGAUCACCCUGAGAGAUUUAACUACUGGCAUCAAGUGCUGUGCAGAAAGGGUCUGUCUGGGCGCUGCUACUUGGAGGCUGAGUGGAGUGGGAGUUGGGCUCGUAUAGGGGUGGCAUAUAAAGGAAUCAGCAGGAAAGGAAUAGGUGAUGAUAGUCUCCUUGGACACAAUGACAAGUCCUGGUGCUGGUCCUACUAUGAUGGAUUAUACUGUGUUUGGCACAAUAAACAGCCCACUGACACACCUGCUCCCCACUCCCGCAAAGUAGGAGUGUAUCUGGACUGGUCAGCCGGCACUCUGUCCUUCUACAGCGUCACCUCUGACACACUGACCCUCCUGCACACAUUCCACACCACAUUUACCGAGCCCCUCUACCCUGGGUUUAGUGUUGGACCUCAUUCCUCAGUAUCCCUGCGCCAGCUGGAAUAG